GCACAGUGCAUUUCCGUUUCCGGCGCUGUCCAUGCGGGCCUGAGCCGGAGUAGCAAGUGUGAACUCGGUGGGUUAGAGUUACUUGAGAAUUGGUAAAAAGCCACUAUGGAGACUAAGGACCAGAAGAAACACAGAAAGAAAAACAGUGGGCCCAAAGCUGAGAAGAAAAGGAAACGGCACCUGCAGGAUCUCCAACUUGGAGACGAGGAAGAUGCGCGGAAGAGAAACCCCAAAGCUUUUGCAGUGCAGUCUGCUGUGCGGAUGGCUCGAUCCUUUCACAGGACUCAGGAUUUGAAGACAAAAAAGCAUCACAUUCCAGUGGUUGAUCGAACUCCACUAGAGCCCCCACCAAUAGUGGUGGUGGUGAUGGGGCCUCCAAAAGUUGGAAAGAGCACUUUGAUUCAGUGCCUUAUUCGGAAUUUUACCAGGCAGAAGUUGACAGAGAUCAGAGGGCCCGUAACAAUCGUGUCAGGUAAAAAGCGCAGACUCACCAUUAUUGAAUGUGGGUGUGACAUUAACGUGAUGAUUGAUCUGGCUAAAGUAGCAGAUUUGGUCCUGAUGCUUAUAGAUGCCAGCUUUGGCUUUGAAAUGGAAACAUUUGAGUUUCUAAACAUCUGUCAAGUACAUGGCUUUCCUAAAAUUAUGGGCGUUCUCACUCACCUAGAUUCCUUCAAGUAUAAUAAACAACUGAAGAAGACAAAGAAACGAUUAAAACACAGGUUCUGGACAGAAGUUUACCCGGGUGCCAAGCUGUUCUACCUCUCUGGAAUGGUACAUGGAGAAUAUCAAAACCAAGAAAUACACAAUCUGGGCCGUUUUAUUACAGUUAUGAAGUUUAGGCCUCUUACAUGGCAAACCUCUCACCCUUAUAUCCUGGUAGACAGGAUGGAAGAUUUGACAAACCCAGAAGAUAUCCGAACAAAUAUCAAGUGUGACCGAAAGGUGUCUCUUUACGGUUACUUAAGAGGAGCACACUUGAAAAAUAGAAGCCAAAUUCACAUGCCAGGUGUAGGAGAUUUUGCUGUGAGUGAUGUCAGUUUCCUCCCAGACCCUUGUGCACUUCCUGAACAACAAAAGAAGCGCUGUUUAAAUGAGAAGGAGAAGUUGGUUUACGCACCUCUCUCUGGAGUUGGUGGUGUGCUGUAUGACAAAGAUGCUGUCUAUGUCGACCUUGGUGGCAGCCAUGGUUUCCAGGAAUCGGACGAGACAAGGCCCACCCAUGAACUGGUCCAGAGUCUCAUUUCCACCCAUUCCACUAUCGAUGCCAAGAUGGCUUCAAGUAGAGUGACACUUUUUUCUGAUUCAAAACCACUGGGGUCAGAGGAUAUAGAUAAUCAAGGGCUGUGGAUGCCAAAAGAGGAAAAGCAGAUGGAUUUGAAAACUGGUCGAGUCCGUCGGAAAGCCAUUUUUGGAGAUGAAGAAGAUGAGUCUGGAGAUAGCGAUGAUGAAGAUGAUGAAGAAAUGUCCGAAGGUGACAGCUUGGAAAAUAGCUCUAGUGAUGAUGAAACAGAAAAAGAGGAGGAUGCUGAAAUGGCUGAUAAAGAGUAUAUGACUGGGAAAGGUGUCAAACGGCAGAGACUUGAGGAGAUGGAAGAAGAUGUUGAGGUGGAUUUGCCAGCAUUUGCUGAUAGUGACGAUGACCUUGAGAGGAGCUCAGAGGAAGAAGAAGCAGGGGAAGCCGAUGAAAGCAGUGAAGAAGAGGAUUCCACUUCAGAAGGAGAGAGGGAUAUUUUAGAAUCUAAGGCUGCUGGAGAAGGUAGUAAAGCAGGUUUGAGUGACAGUUUGAAUCCAGAGAAGUCUUUGACAAUGAAAAAAGCAAUCCUCACCACUUCAGAUUCAGGUCAUUGCACAGCUGAAGAGGCAUUUGCAUCUGAAGAUGAAUCUGAAGAAAGCUCCUCUCUCAGUACAGAGGGAGAGGAUUCAGAAAACGAAGAGGUUACUAGAAAAAAGAUUCCAGAGUCUUCUCAGGUGGUUAGUGGUCAGAAGCUGGGAUUAGAGAACUUGAUUAACGAGACCAGUGAUGUAGAAGACUUACUCAGGGAGGAAGAAAGUUACAAGGAAGAAAAUAAGUUUCCCACAGAAACUUCAGGUGCCCUCAAGUGGAAGGAAGACCUUUCCAGGAAGGCAGCUGAGGCCUUUCUGAGGCAGCAACAAGCGACUCCAAACCUUCGAAAGCUUAUUUAUGGAACAGUGACAGAGGAUAAUGAAGAAGAUGAUGAUGAUAACAGGGAAGAGCUUGGAGGGUUGUUUCGUGUCAGCCAGCCUGCCAGAGAGUGUAAGCACAAGGCCGACUCUCUGGACUGCUCCAGAUUUCAUGUGGAGGCUCCUCAUGAUUGGGACUUAGAGGAGGUUAUGAACAGUAUCAGAGAUUGCUUCGUGACUGGGAAGUGGGAAGAGGAUAAAGAUGCAGCCAAGAUCUUAGCAGAAGACGAGGAGCUCUAUGGUGACUUUGAAGACCUGGAAACAGGAGAUGUGCACAAGGGAAAAUCAGGCCCAGAUACUCAGAUUGAAGAUGUAGAGGAAGAAGUUAAGGAAGAAAUUGACCGCAGCACAGAGGAAAGCGCCAAGAAAAAGCAUUUGGAUAAGAAGAGAAAAUUGAAGGAAAUGUUUGAUGCAGAAUAUGAUGAAGGAGAAAGCACAUAUUUCGACGAUCUUAAAGGAGAAAUGCAGAAACAAGCACAGCUUAACCGGGCAGAAUUUGAAGAUCAAGACGAUGAAGCCAGAGUUCAAUAUGAGGGGUUUCGACCUGGGAUGUAUGUCCGAAUUGAGAUAGAAAAUGUCCCUUGUGAAUUCGUGCUUAACUUUGACCCCCAUUACCCAAUUAUUUUGGGUGGUUUGGGCAAUAGUGAGGGCAAUGUCGGAUAUGUACAGAUGCGUCUGAAGAAACAUCGUUGGUAUAAGAAAAUCCUGAAGUCCCGAGAUCCAAUCAUUUUUUCUGUAGGGUGGAGGAGAUUUCAGACCAUCCCGCUCUAUUAUAUUGAAGACCACAAUGGAAGACAGAGGCUUCUGAAAUACACCCCACAGCACAUGCAUUGUGGAGCAACCUUUUGGGGUCCUAUCACUCCACAGGGAACUGGCUUCUUGGCAGUCCAGUCUGUUAGUGGUGUAAUGCCUGAUUUCCGGAUAGCUGCCACAGGAGUUGUUCUUGAUCUGGAUAAAUCCAUAAAAAUUGUGAAGAAAUUAAAGCUAACUGGUUUUCCAUUUAAAAUUUUCAAGAAUACUUCAUUCAUUAAGGGAAUGUUUAAUUCUGCCUUAGAAGUGGCAAAGUUUGAAGGUGCUGUGAUUCGAACUGUCAGUGGAAUAAGGGGGCAGAUCAAGAAAGCACUCCGAGCUCCAGAAGGAGCUUUCCGGGCCAGCUUUGAGGAUAAGUUGCUGAUGAGUGAUAUUGUCUUCAUGAGAACUUGGUAUCCUGUCUCCAUUCCAGCCUUCUAUAACCCAGUAACAUCUUUGUUGAAGCCAGUUGGUGAGAAAGAUACCUGGUCAGGAAUGCGAACAACUGGUCAACUCCGCCUUGCCCAUGGUGUCAAACUGAAGCCCAACAAGGAUUCUCUGUAUAAGCCGAUCAUGAGGCAAAAGAAACAUUUUAAUUCGCUGCACAUUCCAAAAGCCUUGCAGAAGGCCCUGCCAUUUAAGAACAAACCCAAGACCCAGGCAAAGGCAGGCAAGAUGCCGAAGGACAGGCUGAGACCAGCCGUCAUACGGGAGCCUCAUGAAAGGAAGAUCCUCGCACUGCUGGAUGCCCUGAGCACAGUGCACAGUCAGAAGAUGAAGAAGGCCAAGGUGCAACAGCAUCUGCACAAUAAAGAACACUUCAAAGCGAAGCAGAAGGAGGAGGAAGAGAAACUGAAGCGACAGAAGGACCUCAGGAAGAAGCUCUUCCGAAUUCAGGGUCAGAAAGAAAGAAGAAAUCAGAAGUCUAGCCUGAAGGGGCCUGAGGAGCAGUCGAAGUGAGCUCCAGACAGAUAGAGAUGGAUGGUUUCAAAUAUUAUAGUACUUAUAAACGACAAGUCAGGGGACGAGCCCAAGAAAGACGUCUUUGUUGGAUAUAUUGCCCAGACUGUGCCUUUGAGAGGAGAAGUGGAAACUGCUGGCAGCAUCUAAGUUAUGUUGAGAUUAAAGCAAUAUAAUUUAUGAUUUUGUAGAUUCCCUCACAUUCCUCUUACCUAUCUCAGUUUAAUUAUUUGUGCUACAAAAAUAUCAUUAAAAUAUUUUCCUGUUAA